UUGUUGUUUCUACCCGUCUGUUAUUGAGCAACGGACCCAACGUUGAAGCUGCAAAAAUCGAAUUCACACAUUUUUGCCUUUUUUACACUUUGAGCAAAAAUCCUGUCCAAGAGAUGGGAGAUCAACCUGUGAGAGUCUUGGCAUGUGGAGACGUCGAAGGCAGAUUGAACGCUCUGUUCAGUCGAGUCCAGGCCAUCCAGAAGAAGACGGGACAGUUCGACCUGUUGCUGUGCGUCGGGGAGUUUUUUGGGACGACGGCGGAGGCUGAAGUCGAGUGGCAACAGUACAAAACGGGAGCGAAGAAAGCUCCCAUCCACACCUACAUCCUCGGAGCGGCGAGCCAGGAGAUGGUGAAGAACUUCCCCAACGCCGACGGCAGCGAGUUGGCUGAAAACAUCACGUAUCUGGGUCGGCGAGGCGUCUUUACGGGCGUCUCCGGGCUGCAGAUCGCGUACGUCAGCGGUCGGGAGGCGCCGCAGGAGCCGGCGCCGUCUCACUGCUUCACGCCCAAAGACCUGUCGGACCUCGUGACGCCGCUCACCAGCAGCUCCAAGUUCAGAGGAGUCGACAUCCUGUUGACGUCGCAGUGGCCCCGGGGAGUUUGGCACUUUGGAAACAACCCGGAAGUGAACACUAAGUUUUGUGGAAGCAGCUCCAUCGCCAACCUCGCAGACAAACUGAAACCACGCUACCACUUUGCCGCACUAGAGGGCGCUCACUAUGAAAGACUCCCAUACAGGAACCACGUCAUCCUCCAGGAAAACGCUCAACACGUCAGUCGCUUCAUCGCCCUCGCAGCCGUCAACAACCCGGCCAAGAAGAAGUAUCUCUACGCCUUCAACAUCGUCCCCAUGAAGACGAUGGAUCCUGCGGAGCUGGUGAAGCAGCCGCAGGACGUGACGGAAAACCCGUACCGACGCCCCAAAGACAAGGCGGACGCGAAGAAGAACGUUCAGGCCUUCGGCGCCGCAGAGGAGGAGGAACCGUCUCAGCAGUUCUUCUUCGACCUGGGCAGUAACCGGGGAGGGGGCGGUCCUCGGGGUCGCGGCAGGAAGAGGCCGUCGGACGGAGACGGGCGAGGACGGGACGAGCGGUUCAAACAGCAGCGCCGACAUCCUCAGCCGACCGGACCCUGCUGGUUCUGUCUGGCCAGUCCUCAGGUGGAGAAACAUCUCGUCAUCAGCAUAGGAAGCCAUUGCUACCUGGCUCUGGCUAAAGGCGGCUUGACCCCGCGCCACAUGCUCAUCCUGCCCAUCGGCCACUACCAGUCGGUGGUGGAGUUGGGCUCGGAGGUGGUGGAGGAGAUGGAGAAGUACAAGUCGGCUCUGAGGAGCUUCUACAAGAGCAGAGGGGAACGAUGUGUCCUGUUCGAGAGGAACUACAGGAGUCAACAUCUGCAGCUGCAGGUGGUGCCGGUGCCGCUGGACCGAUGCACCACCGACGACAUCAAGGAGGCGUUCACGGUCCAGGCUCAGGAGCAACAGAUGGAGCUGAUGGAGAUUCCUCAACACACCGACCUCAAACAGAUCGCUCCUCCAGGAACUCCCUACUUCUACGUGGAGCUGGACUCCGGGGAGAAACUCUUCUAUCGCAUCCAGAAACAUUUUCCUCUGCAGUUCGGACGGGAGGUUCUGGCCAGCGAAGCGUUGCUGAACAUCCCGACUCGAGCCGACUGGAAGGAGUGUAAACAGAGCAGAGAGGAGGAGGAGGAGAGCAGCAAACAGCUGAGGGACGACUUCCAGCCGUUCGACUUCGCCUGGGAGGAGGACUAACAAACACACACACAAACAACCACACAAACACACACACACACACUAACAAACACACACCAACAAACAAACACACACACACAGUUUGUGUGUCCAGUAAACAACGUGAGGUUCAGUUUGAGGACCUCACGUUAACAUCAGGAAUUCUUUCACCAAAGCUAAAUCAGACUUUUUCUGAAGCGACAAAACUAAUAAAUAUGAUAUUUUCCCUACGAAGUGUUUUUCUCUUUAACUGGUAACUGGUGUCAAAUAUACGGCCCGAGGGCCCAAACGUGGCCCAAACGUGGGUCUAACCGGGUCUAACCUGUAGAAUCAAUUUGCAAAG